CAAAUGUUCCCCUUUGAACGCUGCUAUGUCCUCUCUUUUGUUCUCCCCUUCUUCUUCUUCUAAUUACUGCCUUCCAUUUUCUCAACCAUAUCGAAUCACUAUCCUCUUUCAUUACACCAGACGUAAACCACUUCGAACCCAUUUGCUUCUCCUUUCUCUCUCCGCUACUUCAUCCACAAAAGAUGUCUGGAGAAAGACGACGCCGCCGUUUUCGCCUUCCCAACACCGGCCUUACCGCCGGAAUCCACAGUCAAACUCGUUCUUGGACCACAGCGUCGACAUGGAUGAUUUGUUGUCUUCAAUCGGACAGACCACUAAUGAGCACGAACUGUUUGCAUUAAUGUCGCCUUACAAAGGUAGAAAUCUUUCGAUGCGGUUCAUGGUCACGCUACUAACACGUGAGUCUGAUUGGCAGCGCUCGCUAGCUUUGCUUGAUUGGAUUAAUGAAGUAGCUCUUUACACUCCCUCUGUGUUUGCGUACAAUGUUGCAUUGCGUAAUGUACUACGAGCGAAGCAGUGGCAGCUUGCAUAUGGGCUGUUUGAUGAAAUGCGUCAAAGAGCUUUGUCACCUGAUAGGUAUACUUACUCUACUCUCAUUACCUAUUUUGGAAAAGAGGGUUUGUUUGAUGAUGCUUUAUCUUGGCUUCAGAAAAUGGAACAGGAUCAUGUGUCUGGUGAUCUUGUUCUGUACUGUAAUUUGAUAGAAUUGUCAAGAAAGCUGUGUGAUUAUACUAAGGCAAUUUCGAUUUUUUCUAGACUGAAAACAUCAGGGAUUACUCCUGAUCUUGUUGCUUACAAUACUAUGAUUAAUGUUUUUGGAAAAGCUAAGCUUUUUCGCGAAGCUCAAUUGUUGGUCAAAGAGAUGAGGUCAGUAGGUGUUUUGCCGGAUACAGUGAGUUACUCAACUCUCUUGACUAUGUAUGUUGAGAACCAAAAGAUUUUAGAGGCUCUAUCUGUUUUCUCCGAGAUGAAUGAGGUGAAGUGCCCUCUUGAUCUCACAACUUGUAAUAUAAUGAUUGAUGUUUAUGGACAGCUUGAUAUGGCCAAGGAAGCAGAUAGAUUGUUUUGGAGUAUGAGGAAAAUGGGAAUUGAACCAAAUGUUGUCAGCUACAAUACUAUUCUGAGGGUUUAUGGUGAAGCUGAGCUUUUCGGGGAAGCUAUACAUUUGUUUAGGUUGAUGCAGAGGAAAAGUAUUGAACAAAAUGUUGUCACUUACAACACCAUGAUUAAGAUAUAUGGAAAGACACUGGAACAUGAGAAAGCCAACAAUCUUAUUCAGGAAAUGCAGAACAUAGGAAUUGAGCCCAAUGCUAUUACCUACUCAACCAUAAUAUCUAUAUGGGGUAAAGUGGGAAAACUAGAUCGAGCUGCUAUGUUAUUCCAGAAGCUGAGGAGUUCUGGAGUUGAAAUUGAUCAAGUUCUAUACCAGACAAUGAUUGUAGCAUAUGAGAGAGCUGGUUUGGUUGCACAUGCUAAACGUUUGUUGCAUGAGUUGAAGCGCCCUGACAAUAUUCCUAGAGAAACUGCAAUAAUGAUUCUUGCUGGAUCUGGACGAAUAGAGGAAGCUACAUGGGUGUUCAGACAAGCUUUUGAUGCUGGAGAAUUGAAGGAUAUUGCAGUUUUUGAGUGUAUGAUAGAGUUAUAUUCCAGAAAUAGGAAGUACACCAAUCUCAUUGAGGUAUUCGAGAAGAUGAGAGGAGCAGGAUAUUUUCCUAACUCUAAUGUGAUUGCUCUAGUCCUUAAUGCUUAUGGGAAGCUGCAGGAGUUUGAAAAGGCAGACAUGGUAUAUAAAGAGAUGCAUGAAGAGGGGUGUGUUUUCUCUGAUGAAGUUCACUUUCAAAUGCUUAGUCUUUAUGGCGCUAGAAGGAAUUACGAGAUGGUUGAGACACUCUAUAAGAUGCUGGACUCUGAUCCUAAUGUUAACAAGAAAGAGUUGCAUCUUGUUGUUGCUGGCAUUUAUGAAAAAGCAAACAGAGUGAAUGAUGCAUCUCGAAUUGUAAAUCGGAUGACUUAUAGAGGAGCUAUGUGAUCUUAACUCUUGUAUGCUUGAAAGUAAGUAAUAUUUGUUGUUUCAGCUGUACAUAUUCUAAUUUGUUAAUUUUUGCCUUAUAAUAGAUUGCGUUUGUU